AUGAGGUGGCAUGAAAUGGCUAUAGAUCAAGCUGAAUUGGAGCAUAAAGUUGAUAAUUUUAAAAAAGAUGCUUCUAAAGUAGAAGGAUUGUUUGAAGAGUUGCUAGUUUUAGAAAGAAAAGCCAAGAGUUUUGGAAAUGGUGUAUGGCCUUUACCUUGGGUCUAUGAAAAAAUAAAGAAGAAAUGGAAGAAAACUUCCCUUGAGGAAAUUUUAAAAGUUUUAGCAUUUAAUGAAGAAAUUUAUAACUCCAUAGCCACGACUAGAAUGAAACUAGAUAGGAACACAGAAGCCACAUCGGAAUCUGAUAAAAAAGCAGAAAUUUCUUUACGUCAAUCAAUCAAUAAUUGUGAAUUGAUUUUAAGUGAAGUUGAAAGCAGAUUUGCUAAAUUUGAUGGAGUUCUUCAAUCCAUGGCCAAUCCUGCAAUACCAGAAGAAGAAGAAGAAAAUACUCGAGCAAAAAAUUGUGCCCAAUUAAAUUUAAAACUUGAUAUAUCUGCAACUGAUAAAGAAAAACUCGAAGUGGCAUCUACAUUAUUGAAGAAAGAACUGAUAUUUAAAAAAUGGUUAUCUGUUCACAAUAUCGAACAUCUUUAUUCCAGAUUACAAGAAAAUGGAAUCACUUCUCUAGAUGAUAUUUAUUACAUAGACAGCUCAUCUUUUCCCGAGUUUGAUUUUAUUUCAUUGAGUGAAGCUAAAAAGUUUAGUUUUGAUUCUCAAAAUGACUUAGAAACAGUAAAACUAAAUUUAUGGUAUGAAAUUUUGGAGGAAUUUCAAUAUGAAGAAAAUUGGAAAUGGGGGUCACUCGGAAUUAUAUCUUUUUGUAUGGCUGGGCUUAUUACAUUUGCCAUCAUGGCUCAGCCUCUAUUUUUUCCCAAAGCUAAACCUUCAUUACUGCAAUAUGUUACUGGAAAAUACUUACAACCAUCUAAUUGUAAGGUUUUGUUCGAAUGGGAAGAUCCGAAAACUGUUGGGGAAACUUUUGUUUUUACUGUGGAAUUUUAUCAACGCAAUGGUCAAGCUUAUCCCAUAUGUAAUACCGACAACUUAAACGUUGAAGUAUCAGAGGGUAGUCGUCAAAUAGCCACCAUCUGUCAAUUAGGCGGUUGCGACCCUAAUCUCGCUAACAUUGCAAGAAUUAAAUUUACCGCCCGGCGAGCCGGUGUAUAUAAAAUCAGUGUACAAAUUGAUGGAUGUCACGUUCGUGGAAGUCCAUUUUCUAAAGUAUUUAAUUCAGGUCCUCCGGAUCCCAAUAAAACCCAACUUUUGAAGCAAAGUUCAAUCGUAGUUUGCACUUUAGAUUUGCGUUACACUCUCGCUAUCGAACCUAGAGACGAAUUUGAUAAUUUUUGCCAUUUCAAUGAUCCAGCAGCCGCCUUAAAAGGAUACAGUGUUAAAAUAAGCAAGCUUGACUCUCAAGAAUUCGGUUCUCACAAAUCGGGAUUCUUCUACGAUGGAACUUCUGGAAAAAUUAAAGUUCUUUUAAAAUUUCAAUGCGAAGGAUGUUAUCAUGCUUUGGUCACUCUUAAUAACGUUCGAAUCCGUAAUGGAGAUUUCAAUAUUAUUGUUUUAAAUAAUAUUGAUACUGAAAUAAUUCAAAAAAAUAUCGCGAGCAAUAAUAACGGUGUUUGCUACGAAGCUAGAUUAAUUAAAAUACAAUCGGAAACUUUGCAAAAACCAAAAAAAGUAUUUUGUUAUAUAUCUCCGAAGCAAAUCACCAUAAAAGAAUUCAUACUUAAAUUUAUUCCAAUUCGACUUUUGACAUUCCGUUUGUGUCCUUCUACAAAAUUUUAUUUUCACGGUAAUAACAAUCAAGAUGGAUGGCCCAUGUUCACGAUAGAUGAUGGAUGUCAGGGUCGAGUAGAAUUGGCUUCCAAUUAUCAAAACGUAAUAGCUGCAACUUUUAAUUAUUUUUUAUUGAAAAAUAUCGGGGGUUCGGAAACGUUUAAGGAUAAGCAAGAUUUUUUUUAUCACGAAAUAAGAAAAUUGCAUCAUAAGCAUCACCACGAAAGAAUCGCGUUGAAAAUUUAUCGUGAUAAAAUCGUUGAAUCUUCCAUGAGAGCAACGAAAAGUUUUUCUACAUCUGAUUGGUGUAAACAUUUUGUUGUUUCCUUUAUCGGAGAAGAGGGUGUAGAUUGUGGCGGAGUUCGUAGAGAAUGGUUUAAUCAAUUAUGUUCUUCUUUAUUCGAUGCUCGUAACGAAUUAUUCACCGCAUUUUCCGAUAAUCAACAAGCUUUAGUACACCCGAAUUCCAAAAGGCCGCCAUCUUUUAAAUUAAAACAUUAUGAAUUUGCUGGUAAAAUUGUUGGGAAAUGUUUAUUCGAAUCUGCACUGGGAGGAAAAUUUCGCCAAAUGGUAAAAGCCAAAUUUACAAGAAGUUUCCUCGCUCAAAUAAUCGGUUUGAAAAUCCAUUAUAGAUAUUUCGAACAAGAUGAUCCCGAUUUAUUUUUAAGUAAAAUUAAAUACAUAAAAGAAAAUGAUGUCGAAGAUAUGGAAUUGUAUUUUAUUGAAGAAGAAUAUUGCGAAAAUGGUCAAUUGAUUAAAACAAUAGAAUUAAUACCGAACGGAUCCGAAAUUCGAGUGACAAAUGACACAAAACAACAUUAUUUAGAUUGUUUGGCACAAUAUAAAUUAGUUUCAAGUGUUAAAUCAGAAGUGGAAUACUUUUUAAAAGGACUCAACGAAUUGAUACCGGAUUCUCUGUUGAGCAUUUUCGAUGAAAACGAAUUAGAAUUACUUUUAUGCGGAACAGGAGAAUAUGAUAUUGGAGAUUUCAAAGCGAAUCACAUUGUAAAUGGAAACUCAUUAGAAUUUCAAAGAGUUUUGGAAUGGUUUUGGGCUGCGAUAAGUAAUUUCACUGUUGAAGAAAUGGCAAGACUUUUACAAUUUACCACUGGUUGUUCUCAAUUACCACCUGGCGGUUUCAAAGAUCUUUCACCUAAAUUUACUUUGUCUGCUGCUCCGACAUUUGGAAAUUUGCCUACUGCUCACACUUGGUAA